AUGCAGCAAGGCUACAAAUGCGUCGCCGCCGUGUCCAGCUCUUUGGCGAAGGAGACGCUCCCACGGCUCGCGGCCAGCCUGGAUGUGCAGCCCGUCACUGACAUCCUCGAGGUGGCCGAGGAGGAUGGCGUCUAUCGCCGGCCGAUGUACGCCGGCAACGCCAUCGCGACCGUGCAAAGUUCGGAUGAUGUUCGUCUGCUGACCUUCCGGCAAACAGCUUUUGAGGCCGCUGGUACUGCAGCUUCUGCUGCUCCAGUUGAG